AAAAAGUAUACUCUAUCCGAGAUCGCUCGCCCUUCCCCUCCCCACUUCUCGUCUCCGCGCGGCGGCAGCGAGGAAAUCGCGAUGGCCUCCACCUACGGGCCGGGCGGCGGCGCCAAGCUGAGGUGCGCGGCGUCCUCGUCGGCGGCAGCCCCGGCGCGGCCCGUCAAGGCGCCGCGGUUCAUCCAGCACAAGAAGGAGGCCUUCUGGUUCUACCGCUUCAUCUCCGUCGCCUACGACAACGUCUUCAACCCGGGCCACUUCACUGAGAACAUGCGCGACGACGCGCUCGAGCCCGCCGACCUCUACAGCAGCCACCUCAAGGUCGUCGACGUCGGCGGCGGCACGGGCUUCACCACGCUCGGGAUCGUCAAGCACGUCGACCCGGAGAACGUCACGCUGCUCGACCAGUCCCCGCACCAGCUCGAGAAGGCCAGGCAGAAAGUGGCGCUCAAGGGGGUCACCAUCAUGGAGGGCGACGCCGAGGACCUGCCCUUCCCCACCGACACCUUCGACCGAUACGUCUCCGCCGGCAGCAUUGAGUAUUGGCCUGAUCCACAGAGAGGAAUCAAGGAGGCAUACAGGGUCCUGAAGUUUGGUGGGACAGCUUGUGUGAUUGGCCCGGUGUACCCAACCUUCUGGCUGUCCCGCUUCUUCGCCGACAUGUGGAUGCUUUUCCCCCAGGAAGAAGAGUAUAUCGAGUGGUUCAAGAAGGCUGGGUUUAAGGAUGUCAAGCUGAAAAGAAUUGGACCAAAGUGGUACCGUGGUGUCCGGAGGCAUGGCCUGAUCAUUGGAUGCUCUGUCACAGGUGUGAAGAGAGAACGUGGAGACUCUUCUUUGGAGCUUGGUCCGAAAGCUGAGGAUGUCAGCAAACCAGUGAAUCCAAUCACCUUCCUCUUUCGCUUCCUCAUAGGAACAAUAUGUGCUGCAUACUAUGUUCUGGUGCCUAUUUACAUGUGGAUAAAGGACAAGAUUGUGCCCAAAGGCAUGCCAAUCUGAGUGAAGGGGACUUAGAUGAAAGCCUGCAAGGAAGAGAGGGUAGCCAAUAUCUGAAUUAGGCUUCUCUAUAGUAGGCGCUUCCUGUGUGUUUUGUAUUGUAUUUAUCUUUCCUCCUGUUAUGUACUUCUUUUACUGUUGUUCCUGUUUGUGUGAAUAUAAUUAAUAUUAUUAAUAGUGGCACUACUGGAGAAGUGAGCA